AUGAUCACCACCGCAGCUCUCCUUGUCCUCGGCCUUGUGGUGGGUGCUGGUGCAGGUGAUGACACACCUAAGUGCUCCACCGAAUGCCCCGUCACAGGCUCCCCAAAACUCGACUACCUCCCGGGGAAGACCUACUCCUACGCCUACUCCGGCAAGACUCAAGUGGCGUUGAAGGGAGUGGACGGUGGAGUGUCAGAGACUAACUGGUCCUCACAAGUUGAAUUAUCGUGGCUCGGUCCAUGUGACGUGGCCAUCUACAUGAAGGAACCCAUAGUGGACGGUGUGUCAGGUGAGGACACCGCUGAUCGUCUGCUGGAGAAGUACCCGCUGGUGGUGGCCCUGACCGACGGCCGGGUUCAGCACGUGUGUACUCAUCCUGAAGACGACGUCUGGUCCAUCAACAUCAAGAAGGGCAUCGCCUCAGCCUUCCAGAACUCACUUCCAUCGCUUUCCUCUACCGCGUCCGGAAUGAAUUUGACAGAGACGGACGUGGUAGGAAAGUGCCCAACGCACUACGAGGUAGAGAGAGAAGGAGACAAGGUUAUUGUGAAGAAGGAGAAGAAUCACCGCUUGUGCAAGGAACGUUACCCCACCCCUGCCGAGACCCAGGUCCCUUGGCUCAAAGGUCCUCUCCCACUGGAAGAGUCCAAGUCUCUAUGUAAACAAGAGAUUACCAAUGGAAUCUACUCUUCCAUCAUCUGUGAGGAUAAGAACGUGGUCCGUCCCAGCUAUGGUGCCUAUAAGUAUGUUGAAGCCAAACAGGAGUCCACACUGCGAUACGUCUCACUAUCCAGCCAACAACCACCUGCCAUCCCUCAAGGUAGUCUGGUCCGCAAGAGUCUCCGGUAUAGCUACCAUACGCUCAACAAGGACCCGUCCAUGGUAGCCGAGUUGGAUCAAACCAUGACUCAGAUCUGUGAGAAGACUAAUGAUUUUGUUGAGCGUGAUGCUGCUGCUCUGGUGGCCAAGGCUGUGCAGCUCCUGCGUCGUGUACCUGAGGAAGCUGUGAAACAAACAUUGGACAAAAUUCGUGCCGGACGUUACUGCCAAGACCACAGCAAACUCGAGAGCCUCUUCCUGGACGCUGUUUCCUUCAUCCACGAGUCUGGUGCUGUAAAGGUUAUGGUGGAUGAGCUGGUGAGUGGCCGGGCUACAGUAGGUCGCGCUGCACUUUACACUGCUGCCUUCUAUCUUCAACCCCGCCCAUGUAUCCAUGCCAUGGAAGCCUUGAAACCAUUGUUUGUGUCCUCCGAACUUUCACCUUCGGUUAUGUUAGCUGCUGCAACUAUGGUAAAAAAUUAUUGCCGACACAAUACUCAGUGUCAUGAUGAAGCACCAACUAGAAAUCUUGUCGAGGUCUUGGGUAAAAAACUCCAUCAGCAGUGUUCUCCCUCUAGCGACAGUGAGACUCAAGAAGCUGCCUUAACAACUCUUAAGGUGCUGGGUAACAUGGGCGUGAUGACACCCAGUGUGAUCAGUUCAACCUUAAGGUGCUUGAAGACGGAGAACGUCAAGACCAACAUCAGAGUGGCUGCCGCCCAGGCCUUCAGACAGGCAAAAUGCCAUCGUCCGACAACUGACCAACUUGUGAACAUCGCUCUUGAUCCUGUCCAGGAAACUGAGGUUCGUAUUACAUCUUAUCUAGUGUCAAUACCUUGUGUUCAAGAGGAAGAUGUAAACAACAUUGUUAUGAAGAUUUCAGAGGAAAAUAAUAAUCAAGUUCGUGGGUUUAUCCUGAGUCACCUGCUGAACACACAACAGUCCAUCACUCCAGAGAGAGAGAACCUUCGGUACCUCCUAUCAAAUGUCAACCUUCCUAGAGAUUUUGAAACAGACUUCAGGAAAUAUUCCCGCAACAUAGACAUGUCCUACUUCGCCCCGUCUCUCGGUGUUGGUGCUGGCGUUGAGUCCAACAUCAUCUACGUCCCUGGGUCCUUUGUGCCUCGCUCCGUUGACUUCAACUUCACUGCCGCCUUAGAGGGAAUCUCGAUGAACAUAGGCGAGGUUGGUGCCCGACUUGAGGGUCUAGAACCUGUCAUCGAGGAGGUGUUUGGACCUGAAGGUUACCUGCACGACGCUGCUCUUGGGAAAAUAUUCAGGUAUAUAACCUCAUUACUACAACAAAAUGAAGGUAACACCAGGAAUAAUGUAAUUAAUCCUGAUAGAAAAAAGAAAUCUAUUGACGUCUCGACAGUCACCGACUUCUUGAAUACGCUUUACGGUAGAGAAGAAUCUGAAGUUCCUCGAGUCGAUUUUUUUGCACGUAUUAUGGGUCAAGACAUAAGUUUUGCAUCCUUAACAGGAAAACUGAAGGAUAUUAAUGUAAAGAAAGUAGUAGAGUCGCUUUCCUCUUUUUAUGAAGAAAUUAUCUUAAGAAUGACGAAUCUAGACUUAGACCUCACACGCACAUCUCAAAUCUCUAUUGACUACGUCCUGCCCACCAUCCAAGGAACACCCGUUAAGCUGAAGUUGGAGGGAACUGCUGUUGUGGGGUUCAAAGUGGUCUCUAACCCAAACCUCCUUGAUAUUUUCUACCUCAAAAAUGUCAACAGCACACUGAAGAUGGCUUACUCUCUCCAAGCUACGGGUUUCAUCGGAUUUGACUGUUACCUUGGACGAAUUGGUGUCGAGAUGAACAGCACUGCCUCAAGUAAUAAUGGCAUUUCAUUAAGCAUAAGAAAUAAGAACAGUAGAGAGGUGGAAAUUCAGGUAGAUCUGCCUGAAAAAAUGGAAAUUAUUGAAGUAGAGAGUGAAAUUUACCUCGUGAAGGGCAUCACAGGUCAACCAGACACUAAGAUCACUCCACCAUCUGCGCGGGAUAUUAGAGUCAAACGUCAGUCGUGCAUCAGCAGUCUUGAGCCCAUGUUAGGUCUCAGGUUUUGCUAUGACUUCGACGUCCCAGAUGUAUUUCGCAGUAACAUGUUUCCUCUAGGAGCUCCGUCAUCCGUUAAACUUUAUAUUCAGAAGACCGAGGCAGCCAUGAAAGGGUUCCUUAUGAAUGCUGAUAUUCAGAGCAAGAGGGGCAGCAAAAUGAUAACGCUAAAAGUAGGAACAUUUGGAUCCAGUACACACAGAGAAGCAGUAGCAACUCUUUCCUACACUGAGCAAGAUGGCAGCUUCUUGGUCUCCGCUUCAGCUGGAACUUCUUCCACCAGCGCCAGGGUCUGGACCACCAUCGUCAACAGAGAAGACCACAAGAGCGUCGAAGCCUUUCUAAAUUACAGGUCUAGUCAGACGGAAGUAUCCCGGGGGAUGAAAAUAGAUUAUACGACAAGAUCAUCACCAGAUACCCAAGAACAUGAUGUAAAGAUGUACAUUAGUAGAAACAGGAAUUUUUAUCCUGAAUCACAAGUUAUCGAGGGCAGGUUUGGGAUGAAAGUUAAUGAUCCUGAAACUUCGCUGGAUAUUUUGUUCAGAACAAAGAAUGCUCUCAGGCAUUACGUUAGCGUGGAUUUUGAGGGCGGGGUAGAUCUAAGCAACCUCAGGUACUACCGCCUGCCUCUACUAACAAGAAUACGCAAGUUUGAAUUCCAAACUGGCCUUGGAGGUUGGAAAGUCACCUUAAUCCUUCAGAGAGGGGAGUCAGGCGUGACAGCUAUACGCAAAUCUGCCUUUAAGAUAACGUAUAAAAACCAAGAUCUUGUCUCAGCUAAAGCCACACACAUAGUGAGAGGUAACGACGCCGCCAUCAGCACCAUUAUCACAGUUAAGAUGGGUAGUGAGGGGUACAAGGCCUCAUGCGACGUGUUGUACGGGCAAGCCAAGGCGGGGGUGUCCGUGCAAAUGGUGAGCUUAGGAGACGACACCAAGAUAUUCGACCUAGACACUAGUGUGGGUCUCUCAGGCCAGCAGCACAAUGUUAAAUUCCAGCUAGAUAUUCCUGAAUACAUAAAAGCCAUCAAGUUUGAGAGCCGCCUGGAGGUUCAGGAGCCAUACAGGUAUUCGGUAGUGGCAGCACUCAAGCACGGGGAGCAGAUAGUGGUGCAGGUGGAUGGGUCCCUCCUGGCUAUGGUCAACCACGCCAUUGUGCAGCUCCAGGCUCAUAUUAGAGUCGAUGGCCUCACCGGCGGCCCUCACAGAAUCUCCAAUACCAUCAUCUUAGCAAGAAACAAGUGGCAAUUUUCCUUUGAACUAAAGAACCAGCACAAAUCUGUAUUCGAUACUGAAUUUAACAUCACUAUCGAGACCCCUCCCACAGCUGACCAACACCACCUCCAUGUUGACACAGACAAGAUUGUUCAUCUUAACCUGAACACUCUGUUACCAUCAGAUACAUCACGGACGAGAAGAGUUAAAUUUUUCACGAAACUCUAUACAAAGGAAAAGAGAGUGACGGGUGAGGUGUACUGGGACGCCGAUUUGGACUCCAGUAAGAAGUUGAGUUAUGACGCCAAGGUGGUCACUAACGUCUCCAACCCCACACAAGCGUCGCUCUCCGGAAGUGGAACAUACAGGAGUAUGAAUUACAGCUAUGAGGCAGAAGUUAGUGUAGCCAGUGGUAGAUCACUGUUCUACGGAAUGAAUAAAUUCAACGUGGUUGUUACUACACCGUCUCAGAAAACUGUCGUCCUGGGCGUGAGCUGCAGUGUUACUCCUCGAGGCUCUCUAACAAUAUUAGACACCUCCGUACAUUACAAGACCUUAGAGAAUAGGAACUACAAUUUGACUAACGUCUUGACAUUGGAAAAGCUUGGGAGUCUAUUCAGUUACAAAUUUGAUUCUCAUUUGAACUUCAUAUUACCUGGAGGCCAACAGAUCAAUAUAAGUACGGAGGCUAAGCACCUAAGCACACCUGAGAAACGUGAAGUUUACUUAAAGGAACCAACACCAGGCAGCCAUAACCUCCUCCUUCAGUCUCCUACCCGCACCAUAGAGGCAAAAGCCAAGUAUUCCCCAUCAGAGAUCAGUAUCAUAUUUUAUCCUAAAAGACAUGAGAGUGAUGCCAAAUAUGAGUUGGCGGCCAGGAGGAAUCUCUCAGUAGUUAACGGCACAAAACAAAACUACAGGAUAGAGGGUCGUUUUGUCCAUCCCAGUCUAAAUAAGAGUUUGACGGUCGAUAUUCAAUCAACAGAAGAAGACCAUGAGUUCCAGGGCAAGAUCGAACUAGAUGUGUUCCCGGACGCAGCGAACAGGUUAUUGGCUACUGUUGAGUCAACCAGAAUAUCAGAUGAUAGUGUUAAGACUGUGGUUCACUUCACCUCCAGGAGCCUGAAGGUGAGCCCUAAGUUCAUCAUAGUGACGGCCUAUGCUCCCCAUACGGUUGGCUUUGACCUCAAGUUCCAGAAGUCUCCCUCUUCACCAGUAUCCUUCCAAAUGUCGGCCAAGUACGACCGAGUCACUGAUAAGGAUGCAACAGCAGCUUUCCGCGUGGUGACCGAGGAAGGCCCCGUGGUGGACAUAGCUGGAGUGAUGGAGCCAGAGCAAGUUCCUGAGUGUACCGGCGUCAAGAUCAAGGCCGUGGCACUCACUUCUGUCCUCGGUACUUAUGACAUUCACUCAAGACUGUGUAGACCAGCCUUCAUUGAGCUUAUUGUCAACAAACAUGGCAGUGAGAAGAUUUAUGUCUUCAAGAUGGGAAACCAAAGUUGGAGGAAGGUUGAGGGAAGUGUAUCUGAGGUUGAGAGCGGGAGGAAGAAGAGCCCAGUCAUGGUCCGCGUGAUGCUGACCUCCCCUUCACUUUUUACUCUCGACAUGGCAGCACAGAGGGAUGAUGUCAGUCAGCUGAAGUCAGCAGCGUCAACGGAGGGGCUACGUGUGUGGAGGUGGUGUGCAGCGUGGGUGAGGCAGGUGUACCAGAAAGCGGUGGCAGACGACCUCCCACAAGGCCCCACUUCAUCAGAUAACCAUUUACGUGUGGUCAUUGAAGACAUCAAGAAGGAGUUGAUUCUAAUAUACAAAGAUCUGGUUGCUGAUGGACUUAUCCCCCGGUAUGAGAAGGUAGGAUCUCUGCUUGGUGGGGGGCGGAUGGAAGGCUUGGCGAGUGACUACAACCUCGCCCUCUCGCACGUGGCUCAGCUGCAGCAUCACUACUCCAGUGCUAUCUCCAACCUGGUCCACUCUGGUUACCACGAGUUUCAGCUCCUCGCUCAUUCGGUGGCAAGAGUUAUGAAAAAUGCUGCCCAUUGGGUGGAGAACGGCGAGAUGCCACAGCCAGUGCGUCGCCUGAUGGAACAACUGGAACAAACGAGGAUCUUCAGGAUGAUAAAGAUGGACAUGGACGCCAUGAGGGAGCAGCACCAGGAGGAGUACGAGGCCAUCACACAGGUGGUGGCCAAGGUGAAGUACACACUCCAACAAGAUAUUGACAAAAUGCGCGAAAAUAUUGUGAAGAUUCUGUUUGUUCAAGAUGCCAUCCAAUGGAUCAAUAAGUACCUAGACUUAGUAAGUAAUUAUACAAACAUAACUUCUGUUCCUGUAUUUAGUUUCCGGAACGAAAUUGCUCGAUUUUUUAUCAACUAUCUUACAGUUCAAGUUCAAAUCGAUGCCAAUCAUUUACAAGUAAACAUUCCGCUGACAUAUCCGGCAUAUUCCUUGACUCAGGCGGUAAAUGAAUUGUCAUCAAACCUCCUCACGUGUUUUGAUAAGCUAAUAUCGUCACAGCUCUCCUACCUCCCUGCUUAUGUCGAUCACUUCUUAUGGGUAUACUACACUUGGCUUCCCAGUCGUCUCUCAGACUUGCUGCCCCCUUAUAACCGCACAGCCAUGGUUGUUGGUGACACAGAGAUCCUCACCUUUGACGGCGCUGUUCUCCGUGUACCUCGUUCACCGUGUAAGGUGGUGCUGGCUGCCUACGCCUCCAACAAGCUUACCAUGGCCCAUCCACAACCCUCAGCCCCACCACAGAUCACCUUAUCUACUCGCACAACUACCGUCACCAUUAAGCCGGACUUCCGUGUUGACGUCGGCGGACAAGAGGUGAGCAGCUUACAACAAACUCAGGGUGAUGUCACCAUUCAGAAGACGCCCCGUGAAGUCAAUAUGACGUCACCCUUCAUAACAGUCCGAGUGUUCCGUGAAGAACGUGUGGUAUCAGUGAACGUGUCUGGCUGGACCUUCGGCCGCCUGGCGGGUCUCCUGGGUACUUACGAUGGUGAAGUGGGAAAUGAUUGGCUGAUGCCUUCUGGUAUCAGGGCUCCAAGUCUCCAGGAGUUGGUGUCAUCAUGGCAGGAGGACCAACACUGCCAAACUCCCGCCAUCUCUCCCGUCAACCCUGCCAACAUCUCACUACAAAAGAAGGUUCAGUGUCACGCACUACUGGGAGUUCGGUCCAGGUGCUACCCACUGGUUCAUCCGGAGCCCUUCAUCAAAAUGUGCUACGGCGCCCGUCAGCCCUGGGACGCUGCACAAGGCUACCGCGCCAUCUGCUCCAGGAAAGGUGUUGAGGAAUUGUUGCCACUGACUUGUUAA